UCUCGGGCGUGCUGUCAAAAUUUCCAUUUACAAUAAUACUUUUUUAUUUACAAACCCAUUUACAAAUUCUAAUUUACAAUAAUUAAAUACAAAGAAAAUGCAUCACGAAAACACUUUAUGAAUGUUACGUGCCAAAUUUUUUACGUGUGAUCGGAAAAAAAAUGUCUAAAGCUAUUUUUGUCGUGUUUUUUUGUAGUUUUACUGUAUGUUACGCGAAUCCUGACGCGAAGAGGCUUUAUGAUGACUUACUGAGUAACUACAAUAGACUGAUUCGACCUGUUGAUAAAAAUAACAACACCGUACUAGUGAAGCUUGGGCUACGUCUAUCCCAGUUGAUUGAUCUGAAUUUGAAAGAUCAAAUAUUAACGACUAACGUAUGGUUGGAGCACGAAUGGGAAGACCAUAAGUUCAAAUGGGAUCCCUUGGAGUAUGGUGGUGUAAGGGAGCUCUAUGUGCCAUCUGAACAUAUCUGGCUGCCAGAUAUAGUGCUUUAUAACAAUGCCGAUGGUGAGUAUGUUGUGACGACUAUGACGAAAGCUGUGCUGCACCACAAUGGAAAAGUGCUUUGGACUCCACCGGCCAUCUUCAAGUCCUCCUGCGAGAUCGACGUUCGAUACUUCCCGUUCGAUCAACAGACUUGCUUCUUGAAAUUCGGAUCUUGGAGCUAUGAUGGUGAUCAGAUCGACUUAAAACAUAUCAACCAAAAAAAGGGGGACAUGGUCGAAGUUGGUAUCGACCUUCGCGAGUACUACCCGUCAGUGGAAUGGGAUAUUCUCGGAGUACCGGCUGAGAGACACGAGAGGUAUUACCCCUGCUGUCAGGAACCGUAUCCGGAUAUCUUCUUUAACAUCACACUACGUAGGAAAACCUUAUUCUAUACUGUCAACCUAAUCGUACCGUGUGUGGGGAUUUCGUAUCUGUCAGUUUUAGUAUUUUAUCUGCCCGCUGAUUCCGGUGAAAAGAUAGCCCUCAGCAUUUCCAUUCUUCUCUCACAAACUAUGUUUUUUCUGCUCAUUUCCGAAAUUAUUCCCUCGACUUCUCUAGCUUUACCUUUAUUAGGAAAAUAUUUGCUAUUCACCAUGCUGCUCGUUGGUUUAUCUGUUGUUAUAACUAUAAUAAUACUGAAUGUACAUUAUCGAAAGCCUAGUACCCACAAAAUGGCUCCAUGGGUCAGAAAGUUCUUUAUAACAAAACUUCCAAAGUUGCUGCUGAUGAGAGUGCCGAAAGAUUUGUUGAGAGAUUUGGCCGCGCAGAAGAUUGCCGGUAGGAGUAUGAAGAACAAGAAUAAAUUCAAAGAUGCGCUAGCGGCUGCCGAUCAGACUCAUUCUAAUGCUUCAAGUCCAGACUCGCUCAGACAUCACAUGCCUGGAGGAUGUAAUGGACUGCAUACUACAACAGCGACAAACAGAUUUAGCGGUCUCGUUGGAGCAUUAGGAAGCCUCGGUGCUGGAUAUAAUGGUCUACCUUCCGUGAUGUCAGGCCUCGAUGAUUCCUUGAGCGAUGUGGUUCCGAGGAAGAAGUAUCCGUUUGAAUUAGAGAAAGCUAUCCACAACGUCAUGUUUAUACAGCAUCACAUGCAGCGCCAAGAUGAGUUUAAUGCGGAAGAUCAAGACUGGGGAUUUGUGGCUAUGGUAUUGGAUCGUCUGUUCCUGUGGAUCUUCACCAUAGCUUCCAUAGUUGGUACUUUCGCAAUCCUAUGCGAAGCCCCGUCUUUGUACGACGACACGAAGCCGAUUGACAUGAUGCUGUCUUCUGUGGCCCAGCAGCAAUAUCUACCUGUCGACAGUGGGGAUUCAUAAGACUUUUUUCCUAGAUUCUCUAAACUUCUUUAAUAAUUCACAUUCAAUAGAUUACAAAUGUGUUUGUUUUUGGUACCUUAAGUAAUUCGAUAUUUAAGAUUCCAAAAUAUGUAUUAAAAAGCAACUGUAACAUAGAUCAUGAAAGUAUUUUACGGGAGUAAAAAAAGUGCCGAGUCUUAUAGCAUAAGAC